AUGGGCGCCUCACUAUCGCAUCUACUUCCCCCGCUGUUCCGGAAGAAGGAGUAUCGAAUAUUGAUGAAGGGACUUUGGUUUUCAGGAAAGACUACCAUCCUCUAUUCGCAACUGAAGAAUCUCGGGCCCGUUGACACAGUGGACACAAUCGGAUUUAACGUGGAGUCUGUGACAUAUAGAGAUGUGGAUCUCGUCGUUUGGGACCUAGGAGGCCGAGACAAAUUGCGUCCGUCAUGGGCCUCCUACUUUAGCGACCUUGACGCGGUCAUAUUUGUGGUCGAUUCCACCGAGAUCGACCGGCUGGACGACGCUGCUUCUGAACUGCGGUGCUUACUAGAUUUCGAGGGUAAACGAGACCUCCGCGAUGCUCCGCUUCUAGUGCUCGCCAACAAACAGGAUCUAGAGGGGGCUAAGACGCCGGAGGAGAUAACGACGGCGUUGAAAUUAGAGGAUUUUCGGGGCCGAGAGUGGAAAACUAUUGCGUGCUCUGCUGUGGAUGGCUCUGGUAUUGCUGAGGGUAUGGAUUGGCUCGUA